UGACGAACCAUGUUUGAAACAAAAGCGCCAAUUGACUUUGAUGAGCGCCCCAGCUCAAGCUUUUACCAAAGCCAAGCACGUCGUCAGUGCCGCCGCCGCUGCAGCCACUCGAUCCGUCGCCAAAACUAAGAAUUUUCAUGGCCACCUCAUCACAUCAGGCUCAGUCUCGCCGCAAGUCCGCUCAAAUCUUGCAAAGUCUUACGCUUUAUGCAGUCACGUCCCGUACGCGCGCAAACUGUUCGACGAAUUGCCUGACCGGAGCUCAUUUUUGUACACUUCGCUGAUGCGGAUGUAUGUAUGCAAUGGCUUACCCUAUGAGGCACUAGACGUGUUUGCGCAGAUGGUGGCCUUAGGGAAGUGUUGCCCAGAUAGGUUUACUUAUCCGGUUGUGAUUAAGGCUUGUGGUGAUUUGUCCUUGAUUGAUGUUGGUGUUGUCGUUCACGGAAGAACGGUAGUUUGUGGGUUCAAUUUAGAUGGGUUUGUUCAGAACUCUUUGGUGGCAAUGUAUAUGAGUUGUGGGGAGACGGAAUUGGCAAAAAGGGUUUUUGAUGCAAUGCGAGAACGAAGUGUGGUGUCUUGGAAUACCAUGAUCAGUGGGUCCUUUCGGAAUGGGUGUGCCAAGGAAGCUUUGGGUGUUUUUUAUUGGAUGAUGAAUGUAGGUGUGGAGCCGGAUUGCGCCACUGUGGUUUCUGUGUUGCCGGCUGUUGGUUCCUUGAAGGAGAUAGUGUUGGGAAGACAAGUUCAUGCCUUUGUAGAAGAGAAGGGUUUGGGGAAAAUGAUAAAGCUGAGAAAUGCAUUGGUGGAUAUGUAUGUGAAGUGUGGUAGCAUGAAUGAGGCACGAUUAGUUUUCGAUAGCAUGGGUGAGAGAGACGUCGUGACUUGGACGAGUAUGAUCAAUGGAUACAUUUUGAAUGGUGAUGCAAGAAGUGCAUUGGCACUUUGUUGGCUGAUGCAGCGGGAAGGUGUAAAACCCAAUUUCGUAACUAUAGCUUCUCUUCUUUCAGCCUGUGGGAGCUUGCAUCUAUCAAAGCAUGGACGGUGCUUGCACGCAUGGGCUAUUAGGCAAAAGCUUGAAUCUGAUGUUAUGGUGGAGACCGCUUUAAUUGACAUGUACUCAAAAUGCAAUUGUGUUCAUUGCAGCUUUCAAGUGUUUGCAAAGACUUCAAAAAAGAGAACAGUUCCCUGGAAUGCAAUUAUCUCCGGCUGCAUUCAUAAUCGGCUUGGUAGAGCAGCGAUCGAACAUUUCAAACAGAUGCUCAUGGAAGCAGUACAACCCAACGAAGCAACCUUGAACAGUCUGCUUCCUGCAUAUACCAUUCUCGUUGAUUUGCAUCAAGCAAUGAAUAUACAUGGUUAUGUAGUACGAUCUGGGUUUCUUUCAAGUAUUGAAGUUGCUACUGGUUUGAUUGAUUCAUAUUCGAAGUGUGGAAGUUUAGCGUAUGCUCACCAAAUUUUUAAUGAAAUCCCAGAAAAGGAGAGAGAUAUUAUCCUGUGGAGUGUGAUAAUAGCUGGUUAUGGAAUGCACGGCCAUGGCGAGGUUGCAGUUUCACUUUUCUAUCAUAUGGUUCGAUCUGGGGUGAGGCCAAAUGAUGUCACUUUUACCUCUGUUUUGCAUGCUUGCAGCCAUGCCGGUUUGGUGGACGAGGGCUUGGGGUUGUUCAGGUUCAUGCUUGAAGACCCAAAAGUGAGUCCUCAAACUGAUCACUACACGUGCAUUGUGGAUCUUCUUGGUCGCGCUGGUCGGUUGGCAGAAGCUUAUGAUCUGAUUAGAUCAAUGCCGUUUCAGCCUAACCAUGCCAUUUGGGGUGCACUACUCGGUGCCUGUGUGAUACAUGAGAACGUUGAGCUGGGAGAGUUGGCCGUUAAGUGGCUUAUUGAGCUCGAGCCAGAAAAUACAGGAAACUACGUGUUGAUGGCCAAAAUCUAUGCUGCAGUGGGAAGGUGGAAAGAUGCAGAAAAUGUGAGACAUAUGAUGAAUGAAAGCGGGUUACGAAAAACACCCGCUCACAGUCUGGUUGAGGUCAGAAAUAUGUGAAACGAAGCGUAGCUUGGUGGUUUGUUUUCUCUAAGAGGAUGAAAUCCAACUCUUCAACUAGAGCAUCUGUUCAAAACAGCAAUGGGUGAGGACCGAAUGAAAAGGGAGACGCUUUUACCGUCGUGGUGUUCGGGGCCCUAAUGAUCGAAUCGAGAUGGUGAGGACCUUGGUGGAAGGGUACAUUGUCCAUGGCGUUGAGCAUGAAUGUGUGCAGUUUGAAAAGAACGUGAUAGAAGUCCGACCGGUCGAGUUGGUUAAGUUUCGAAGGGAAAUACAUCUUGGAGGUCGGAGUCUCAGUCUGAAGAGGAACAAGGCUGAGUGCUCUUGUAUUAAUUACUUAGUUGGAUUGGGGAUAUAUGUAUGUAGGGCACUGCUAGGGAGAUUAUAAAUUUAAAUCGUAUUUUGUAAACCAUAUUAUGAUGUGUUGAUUAUUAUUAAAUGUUGAUUAACGUAUUUAUUUUCUGUUUGUGAUACAUUACAUGAUUUGUAAAUGUGGUCUAAAAAAUUAGUCUA